AUGUUCCUUCUAGGGAUAAAAUAUGAAAUACCACCGCUACCGUUGAAAUGGUUUCCGUUAGCGUUCAUGUUUAUGUUUGGUUUUCAGAUAUGUGGAGCGCAAAAAGACAUAACAUUAUCCGUGUUCCAAGUGUCCACAAAAAGUAUGACGGUGCGAUGGAGUCGUUACUCUGGCGCCAGCUCCUACAAAAUCACCGCCACACCAAAGAACUCUCCUCGACCGUCCGCAUUCGCCCAGUUUAGCGGGAACUCCGUCAUGGGCUCUGUUAACUCUCUCUCCGCCAACACGAUGUACACCAUGCGGGUCGAGGCCAUUGACAAAGCGGGCAACGUCCUGAGCAGUGCAGAGUUGGACGGGAGCUCAUCCCCCGAGGUACCUACCAUUAAGCAGGCCUACUCCAAGCAGAGCGACAGCAUCACUGUGGAGUUCAGUGAGGUGAUGGGGGCGAGCGGCUACAUUCUGCGAGCUGAGUCUGAGGUGGGAGACUUCUUCUCAGAGACCGCGGUGACCAGCUCCCCGGGCACCGUGCUGCAGCUGCAGCCGUACACAGACUACACCCUCAGUGUCAUGUCUGUCAACAGCGCGGGACGCAGCCAGCCCUCAGCACCCGUCCAGAUCAGAACGGUGGUGGUGGCCCCACAGCUAAACUCCACCUCUCCCAGAAAUGACACCAUCCUGGUGACCUGGUCCCCGGUCAACCACACGGUCCUCUACACCCUCUGCAUCAUCAAGGAGGGCUCCAACUCUCGCCUCAAACUCAACACCAGCGACCCAUUCAUGACCUUUGAUGACCUGGAGCCCGGUACCACCUACUGCAUCAAGGGCAUGGCCUGGGACCUGGAAGGUCGCCCCGGAGACGACCUCACUGUGUGUCAGAUCACCCGUCCUCUCAGCCCUGAGGCCAUCGAGGUGUUUUUGACCCAGACUAGGUCUGGGGGUUUGGCAGUCUACUGGCAGAUGGUGCAUGGGGCAGACGUCUACUUGGCAAGGACUUCUACUGGUCAGAACUGCUCUGCCUCAGAGAGGUUCUGUAUGAUCAGCCCACUGAGCUGCGGGCAGAACCACAGUGUGACUGUUACUGCCGAAAACAGCGCUGGAACCAGCAACCCCUCUGACCCUGAGGAAUUCAUCACAUUCCCAUGCCCUGUGGAGCAAAUCUGGGUAGAUGAGCACCAGGCGGGUAGCUGCUGGGUGUCGUGGACUGAGAUGCCCCUGGUGGAGUACUACAUCGCUUUUGUCAAGAGAGACGACGGGUCUGAGGAGCGCUGUAACACCACUGACACCACCUGUCACUUCUACUGCAUGUGUGGCUACACCUACCUCAUCACCAUGUUCACCUACAACCAGGCUGGCUCCAGUCCACCGGGAGAUGUGUUCAAUUAUACCACCAUUCCCUGUUGCCCAGAGGACGUUACCAUAGCACUGGUGUCGACGGAGACCCUGGAGAUCAUGUGGUCGUCGGUGCGGGGGGCGGAGCUAUACGAGACGACGGCGGAGGAGAUUGAUGAUGUCAUCCACUGUAAGGACACGGCACCUGUGUGUGCUCUGUCCGACUUACGCUGUAACACACAGUACAGUGUGGUGGUGACACCAUGCAGCGAAAUACGAGGCUGCAACCGCACCUGCAAACCUCACACACAUGAGACAGCUCCCUGUUCUCCAAAGAUCCUGAGUGUAUCUCAGACCAACUCAUCCUCGAGUGUCAGUGUCUUGUACACGGCCCCCAACACUCCCAACACCACCUACACUGUCACAGCCGUGGGCCUUAAUGACACACACACCUGUCAAUCACUCUCCACCUCUUGCCAGCUCACACAGCUGCCCUGCGGAGCCACCUAUGAUGUCACAGCGUAUGCCAGGACAGCAGUGGGGCCAAGCCUGUCCAGCUAUAGCGUGCCCCUGGAAACAGGUCCCUGCUGCCCCCACACCCUGACAGUAGACCAGGUGACCCAGGCCAUGACCAACGUCACCUGGUCCCCCGCUACAGGGGCACGCUCCUAUGUCACGGCGCUGACAUCAUCUCGGGGACACGCCAAGUGCCACACCAUGGACACACACUGCCUGAUGGGAUGCAUCACCUGCGGGACCAACUAUAGCGUGAGCCUUGAGGCCAUCAGCAGGACAGGCCACAAGGCAGAAUGCAGCUAUCAUGGGUUCUCAUCCAGUGCCUGUUGUCCAUCGAGUGUCAAGCUCUACCGGAUGGCCAACAAAACUCUGAGGGUGUACUGGCACUCCUCGGGGCCCCAGAACCACACGGUGGACCUGAUUGGGACAGGCACCAACCACACCUGCAUCCCCCCGCCCCUCAGCAGCUCCUGUGACGUGGCCAAGGUCAUGUGUGGGGACGUCUACACCAUGGUGGUGGCACCUGUCAAUCAGGAUGGGAGCAAAGUCACAUUCUGUCCCGGCAGGAUCUACUCUGUGUCCUGCUCCGGAAGCAAUGUAGGAAUGGUGAUCUAUCGGGGAAAGAGAAGUGUCAAUUAGAGGUAAACCCCUGGAAAGACACAACAUGUAAUCUACUUAUAUCAACGUCUGUCCCGUCUGUCAAGAAAUCAGCUGAAAUGUCAUUGUUUUUAUUCAGUCCCUCUCCUUUGAUUCUAUCUUCAUCUAUCUAUGCUGUUUGGGUCAAACAUGUGUCCUUAAAUGUGUUCAAUUACAAAUGCUAGCCAUUGAUGUUUCGUUAUCUAUAUCUGCUGUGUCUUUUCUCCAACAUAUGUUUUUUACUAACAGACUGAAACUGUGAUUUUUGAUCCUACUGUUUAGCAGAGAGAAAUCAUUACAAUGUAUGUCCUUUGUGUAAAGUCUACCUUUAUGGCCCAAGAGAAACAAGAGAAACUGUGUGCCACAUCAUACAUUUGUCUGUGAGCUGUACAGUACGUCUUUUUUUUCUUUUUAUACAUGAAAUAACAUAAGUAUCCCUAAGUAGGAAGCCUCCAUAGGGUUGUUGUUAAGCAUGUUAUGUAACAGUGGUCAUAUAGCUGUUUGUUGGUCACUGUGAAAGAGGAGCAUAGAGAACAUACUAGAAUACCACUGGAGCUCAGGCUGCUGCUGAGGGGAGGACGGCUCAUAAGAAUGUCCGGAACGGAGCAAAUGGAAUGGCAUCGAACACCUGGAAACCAUGUGUUUGUAUGUAUUUGAUACCAUUCCAACUAUACCUCUCCGGCCAUUACCACGAGCCCAUUCUCCCCAAUUAAUGUGCGACCAACCUCCUGUGCACUGGAGUCAUGCCUGGAGUCCUACAUGUCAUAUGGAUGAUACGUCAGGUCAUAUUGCAGGGCAGAGAAUAUUCCCAUUGCAUUCAUUGUGUUCAAACAAUAAAACACACCCUAUUGCAUUA